UCGAAUGGACCACAUAAUCUCGGGGCGUGCGCAGGGGAUAAUUGAAUUAGGAUUUCAAUAAUUCAAUUACCCAUGAAAUAUAACCGAGCUAAUUUCAUUCCAGAUAUUACCCGUUAAACGCGUACGGUUUCAUCUCACAAAUUAAUAUUUACGAGUUUCGUGCAAACGAUUGAUCGUGGAAACCUAAACAGUUCUGAUUUUCCGAUCGUGAACCGCUGUACAUGCAUAUAUUUGUCAUCGAAACACAAGUCGCAUGCAUGAAAGUUUAUACGGUGUUAUCCACGCCUCGCGAUGACGUUCCAAGAUCGAAUUUUUUACACCAUCAAAUCGUGUUAACACACCUUCUACAAAACAGUGAUAAUAAACCACAUUUUUUACGACUCGCGUGCUUGGCCAAGUUAAGUGUCUUAUAAAUUGGAACAUAAACUCUCUAUGCUAAGUUGAAGCGUUCCCAACAGAACAAAAUUAAACGGAACCCAAAAACUUGAGGGAUAAACUCCGCAAAGGCUCCGAUAUGUUAAGUUCCGGUGAAACACUGGCAAAAAUUCCUGCUGACGAUGCGAAUCAAUUAACGCAUCCUCAUGCACCACAGGAUUUUACCGUCUCCCGUUUACUAUCGACGCCAACGCAGAACCUGGGAUGCAACGAUUCAUCUAAUUCUGGUGGCCGAAGGCCCCGAAGAAGUCGCACGACGUUCUCCGCUCAACAGUUGGCAGCUUUAGAAAGAGUCUUCGAACGGACGCAUUAUCCGGAUGCCUUUGUCAGAGAAGAACUCGCAACGAGGGUGUCGUUGUCCGAGGCAAGAGUUCAGGUUUGGUUUCAAAAUCGAAGAGCUAAAUUCCGGCGAAACGAAAGGAGUUCAGCGAUAAAUCGGGGCGUAGCUACGAACCGGGAAAUGGAAACUAUGCUGCCUUUACGCCCGAUAAGAAUCACCCAUUCUCACGAGAGCAACGUAGACACAAUCAGUCAGCCUCCACAAGUGCCUCAGUAUCCUUACACCGAAUACUGGAGAUCCCCGCAAACUUACACGAGCAUUCAACCGUCGACGAGCUGCCAUGGAUUUGCCAACGCCAAUUUAGGGGCGCCUUAUCAUCAGGCGGAAUCACACGGCGUCCUCGACACACCCUCGAUAAACACUUUGAACGCCCUCAGAUUGCGAGCACAUACUUAUGGAACACCUUACUCCGGCAUGCACGCCAGCAUGUGAUAGGAGGCUUCGUUUAUAUUCAUGUUACGUAGUAUACAUAAUAUACCCGUAAAAUGACUUAUUGGUUUGAGAAUUUAUGUGCACGAAUCGACGAAUGACCCUAGU